AUGUCUACCAAAUUAAAACAAAAACACCUGUUGGUGUUUAAACAGAAUCUACAAGAUAAAGUGAAAGAAUUAAAACAAUUAACCGGAGUUGUUGAUCAUUAUUUAUCUGAUGUCCAACAGGCAUGUAAAACAGCAGAAGAACUUACUCAGUCAGAUGAAAUCAGAAAAAUCAAGAAAAACUAUCAAAAAACUAUGCAUUUAUUAGAUCAGCAUUAUUAUAACUGUACCUUAUUAACAGCUACCAUAGAAGAAUUUAAUGAAAACUCUGACAGUUCAGCUGAAAAUUCACCAUUGCCUUCUGUUGCUGAUGUUACUACCUGUGAUGAAAGUGAUAUGGAUAAAUCUAUACUAGAUAGACAAACCAUUUCGACUGUACAUGUUGGGAUGAUUAGAGUUACUGAGUUAACAAAACCUACAGAAAAACCAGAAGAAUUGCCCUCAAGUAGAGAACAAUUACCAUUCUCUAAUCAAUCCAUGGUACAUGACAACAUUUCUCAUGUCAAUCAGUUAGAUAAAUCAUUAAACUGUGAUACUUCAUCUCAAAUAGAGACAAUUCCAUGUCAGAAUGUUUUAUCUCUGAUUAGGAAUGUUAAGGUUCCAACAAAUGAUAGCAUUUUAUCUGACAAUUACUCUUCAAAAAACCAGUCUCUUUGUGAUCCUAUUCAAAAGCGUGUUCAGACAUUUUCAACUAUUCUGGAAGAGAAACAAAUUCUGUGGGUUGAUGCUGAACCAUCAGUGUGUAAGGACAAAGUGAAAUUAGAUCUGAAUUCAAUAAAUGAACGCUAUGGAGAUACUUAUACAGUUCUAUCUUGUGGUGAAGAUGCUUUAGAUUUUGAUAAUGUUCCUUGUUCAAGUCCAAUUAAAUUACGUGAUACGCAAAGUAAAUCUACCAUAACAACCUCAUCAACAGAACCUCAGAAUUCUAAGAUUGUUCCACCAGAGAUCCGUACAGUGCCUUUAUUGCAACCAAUCAAACCUCAGGACUCAAAUCUUUCACCUACAGUAUUUGAAGAAAUUCAUCGUGACAUAACUCAUCCACCAUUUUUAACACAGUCUGCAGAGGGUGAAGAGCUCUAUUUAUCCAACCCUGAUUUAGCAGACAUUCCAUCAUCAAAUCAGACAGACGUUGAACAAAAUAAUACUAUAACCACUUCAACAUAUCAGAACAUUACCACUGAAAGUCAAAGUAUGCAAUUAAAUUCAGCAAUUUUACCAAAUCAAAACUUGAGUAAUACUAAUCCAUUCAUACCACACAUCUCUAAUAGAGACAGUCAUUCAGAUAUAGGUUCUGUAUCAAGUCACAUGACUGGUGAUGGAGAAGACAAUCCAAUGAAUUAUGGAUAUCUUUACAUGAAUCCUGGAAUGAUGCCUCCAAUUCCCUAUCUUCCUGCUGCAUACAUAUCUACCCCUUAUACAUCUAGUGUAGAAGGUGGGUGUCUGUCUGUUGAUCAGAAAUUAAGUAAUGACCAGAAUACUACUGUUAUGAAGGAACAUUCACCAGAAUCUAGCAGUAUUUUACAGACUGGUUCAUCACAGUUUUCAGAUGUGACAGAUUCAGAGAGGAAAUCUGCUAAAUCUAAUGAUGAAAAAAAUGUGUCUCCUCAACUUGAGACAUCCUCAGAAACAAAUGAAUCCAAAUCUAGUACCACUCAACUUAGUUCAACUACCAAAAGAUUUUCAAAGCCUGGAACAAGACCCAAAAGAAAUACUCCUGGCAGUAAGAAGUCUGCAAGAGCCAAAUUAGCAUCUAAAAUAAAUGCUUGUCUUGAAAAUUCUCGUCAGAAAUUAGGCAUUGAUGUAAGAAAAGGUAUUGGGCUAGAUUCAGAUCAAGAUUCAGUUAAAACAGACCCAAGAACAACCACAACUGGUAGUGAGCAGUUGAACACAUCAUUAGAAAAGUUAAUCACUGAAGAACUAUCUGAUGGGUUAAUAUAUUCAAGUGCUGCCAGUGAUUGUGAUGUUAAAGCAAGUACCACCAAGGUCCAGCUUGAUACUUCAAUUAGUGCUAUGGAUACAGAGUAUUUACUUGGACCUGAGAUACAAUAUUUCCAGCUAAUAGAAAACAAAACAUGUCAUGUUAUGCCUGUGACUAUCUAUCCUGAAACAUCUGCCUUUAUUCAACAAAUCACCACGAAACAGGACCUAUUUUUUCUGUCUACACCAGCCCACAAAUUUAAAGUAGCCAUAAGAGGCUGUAAAAGAGAAAAUAAGAUUUCUGUACAAUUUAUUGAUUAUGGAAAUAAGGAAGAGGUCAUGAUCUCUGACCUACAACCUUUGACAGAAGAUUUAGCUAAAUUACCUGCUCAAGCUGUUCUAUGUGCUUUAUCAGGGUUGGCACCAGUUGAUCCUGGUAGAACAUCAUGGACAGAAGAUGAGAUCAAUUCCAUGACACUGAAUGUUCAGAAUCAAAUGUUACUGUGUAAACCAGUAUAUUGUAGUAAAUCAUCUCAUUUUCCUAAUUUAGUAGAUGUAUCAUUAUUGAUGUACCCCAAUACACCAAAUACACCGUGGAAUGCCCCUUUUGGUAAUAUCAACCUCAGUGCAGUUAUGAUAAAACAGAGAAUGGGCCGUUUUGUUCCCAUCUCUGAACAAUUAAGCUCACUGAGAAUCAUGUUUAAAGACUAUCUACUACCAUCUGAUGAAACUGAUCAUGAGAAAACAUUAGUUAAUCAGAGGAGUGAGAGUUUAGAUGAAAAACAGUCAACUGAAAGUGGGUUUGCAUCUUCUGCAUCUCCCAUUUUCAAUGUUUCAUGUCAGAAUUUGACUCCAGUGGAGAAGGAAGCCAUAUCUGAAUCCUCAAUCAAGGAUUUGUCCAAAACUGUGACAUCAACUUCUGAUAAAUCUAACAUCAAAUCUCAGGAUGUCACUCAAAAAGUAGAUAAUUUGAACCACAAUCCUCUAGAAAAAUGUGAUAACUAUUUAGAUCAACAAAAGAAGUCCACAAACAGCAAGAUUGAAUGUAGAUCUCAACCAACUAGUUCAAUUAUGACAGAUAUGAAAAAUACUAAUGUUAACACUGCUACAAAUCAAACUGAAUUACAGAAUACAGACAUUGUUUCAUCAACUUACGUUGGACAAAAAGAGAAUGAUCCGAAUGUUCGUUUUAAUGUUCUCAUGGCUCAUAUCAAUACUCCAGGAGAUUUUUAUGUUCAUAAAGUUUCCAUAGAAAAUGGUAAAAAUAUGGACAAACUGAUGAAGGACAUUAAUCAGAAAUUCUUCGCUUAUACAAAGAAACGUUUGGAACAAUUAAGUCGUGAUUUUUUACCCAGAGUCAAUGAUUACUGUUGUGCAAAAUUUAAAGAUGGCAACUAUUAUAGGGGAAAAGUAGUGGAGUUGAUCAACAAAUCAGACAUUAAAUCUAAACAGAAGAAACAUGAUGUAGUGGUAUUCUACAUUGAUUUUGGUGAUAAAGAAACAGUUCCUUUAAGUCAAGUUUACCCUCUACCUAAAGAGUUUACCAUACUACCUCCACUUGCUCUAUGGUGUUGUUUAUCAGAUAUUAAACCUCAAAAAGAUCAGGUUGCUUGGCCUACUGUAUCAACUGUUGUGUUAAAAGAACUAUGUAUUGACAAUGGUAAUUCUGAUAAGAUGUUGUCUGUUACUGUGGCUAGCGAAAACAUCCCACCAACAGGAAGUGAACAGACAAUACCACUACCAGUCUAUCUUGUAGACAUAAAUCAUAAAGAAGAAAUAUGCUUUAAUCUAGAAUUAAUCAGACUAGAUUGUGCUCAACUUAAUACUAAACCUACUACAUCACCAUCAUCUCAUAAAGACAUUACUAUUUAUACGAAGUUCAAUAGAGAUGGAUUUGAAUUUCAGAGGUUUUCCCAAUGUAUCGGAGAUUAUACAAACAUGGUCGAAGAUGAAGUUGUUCCUGGUAAUUGGAAUCCCAUGGCAGAAGAUUUUCGUUCUAUAAGAAAUAGUUACAAGAUCAAUAUAGAUGAUCCUAGUGUGGCUUCUAUAGGUUAUAGAUUAUAA